GGACCUGCUACAUUAUUAAUAGGUCAGCUACCGGUACCAGCACGUACCAUACUCACUACCCGUACCGUAGCUAGCUUGUGUUAGCAGCAACGAAGAAGAACGACAGAUCUCAAUUGGAUUACUUGUAUAUUGUAUCAUCAAGAUGCCGGAGACCGACCCAACCUUACUAGAUGCUCUGCAUGACACUGAGCGGUUGAUCAUCAAGCAAAAGGUGGAGUUGCUUGAAGCUGCCGCAAAUGCCGCCGCCAACGCAGUUGGCCUGGAUGGUCUCGGUGCGUUUGGAGAGAUGGCGAACGAAUACAACAUCUACGCUGAUGAUGGUGGCGGUGGAAAUCACAAGUUCAGGGUCAUGGAGACGUCUGAUUACUGUGGAUUUACGGGCCGAGUCUGCUGUCGACCAAAUCACGCCCUCAAGCUUCACGUGUUCAAACCAGAGGAUAUGGAGACGGAACUCAUGUACAUGGACCGUCCCUGCAAAUGCGGAGGACCUUGCUGUUGUGCUUGUGCCGAUAUCUGUCAGCAGGAAAUGAAGGUGUAUCAAGGUGACCUCAAGUCGGAUGGCGAACCCAAUCCUUCUCACUUGAUUGGUCAUAUCCAAACUCCCAUGAUGGGUGGUUUGCUGUCCCCCACCCUCAAUGUCAUGGAACGAGAGGGUGCGGAACCUUUCGCAACCAUUACUGCCGAAGCUACCUGCUGCAUUGGAGGCAUGUGCUGUGAUCACACCUUCAAGGUAGAAGAUGCCAAUGGCAACUACAUGGGCAAAAUUGUCAAGGAACGCCCCGAAGGACUGGCACAGGUCGCAAAGGAACUUGGAACGGAUGCGGACAACUUCACGCUAUACCUCAACAAGGAUUUGGAUGUUCAGAAAAAGGCCAACAUGCUUGCGGCUCUUCAUUUGAUUGAUUACUGGCUCUUUGAAGACGAAGGUGAUCUCAAUGUUGAUCUAGUCAAUCAGGAAUGCACCUGCAAGUGUUGUGAUCUGUACUGCUGUGGCGCUGUUUGCCCCUGUUCGUGCAAUUGUGGCGGUGGCGAUAGUGAUGAUAGCGGCAGCUAAAAAGUGCACGAUAGCAUUGCCGAAGUGACACGAUGACAACCUGCAUGUUCAGCCAUUUGAAGUCUUCAUUCCAUGUUUGAGAUCAUUUCUAGUGAAGAAGGAAGAGACUAACAAAUUAGAGCCAAGAGAAAUGUUGUGUCGUUUUGCCUGUCAUUCCUCCAUCAUUUGCGUGCACGGCUGUCUGGUGGACCCACUCCAUCUUUUGUCGUCGUCAUCCUUCCCUCCUUGCUUGCUGAAUUAGCUGUGACUUCUUGUUUAGUAAUAAAAGAUGAGUUAUGUGUUGCCACUAGCUAGCUAGCUAGCUACUACUGAUGGAGGGCACGGCCAGAGUUUUCGUCUCGGAUACUGUACAGUGGAUUCAACGACGAUAUGGUUCUGUUGAAUACAGCUUGUUUAGCUUCGAGACCAUCGGUCGGGCCACCGAAUUUCCUUCCAGUCGUUUACAACACUGUU